CCUUUGUGCUUUCGACUGACGCUUCCUCAAGCCUGGGACACACCAAGCUGAUGUUCGGCUGUUUGCCAUCGUCGGGCCGACGGCAAGCGACGGUCGGGCUAGUUUGUUUGAGGAAGUCUGUUAAGUGUUAAGACUCAGUCCUUGCUGCCUGUGCAUCUCAGAAAGCUGUAGUCUCUGAUCUAUGACAGCAUGAACCACCUUUAUAUCCUUUUAUUGGCCCUUUGGUCAGCUUUCAAUUUGGCGAAUACGUGGGGCCCAGAUGAACAUACAACACAAGAUCCAUGGCAGAUGAUGAGUGAGAGUCAUCCAACAUUUUCAACAGAUAUUUACCCAACUGUUUUGACAGAUGAAGAGGCAAAAUAUACAAAUACUUGGAGAACUGAUGUGUAUGGAUAUGAGCGCAAGUUUGACAAUGUCCCAGGGCCCAACAUCACAGUGUACCGACAGACAGAGGACAGAGAGCAUGUGAUCGUGCUGUGCAAGUUUGGAAUGACACACAGAUGGCAGUCUAUUGAGCUGUCAGUGGAGAGUGAACUGAAGUACACCAUAGAGCAAUGCACUCUUUAUUAUUCAGAAAUGUGUGUGUUUCUGGUCACUGUGCGUCCACCUGCUUCCUUCACCUGUGUGCAUGAGAACCUGCGCAGCCAGACCUACAAUUACAGUGGGUCAGUCUCAGAUCAUCCUGAAGAAGGAGCAUCUUUAUUAUACAUCUGCUUUUCCUCCUUCAUUGCUGUUGGUCUCUUCAUCAUGACUGCAGCAGUGAUUGUGAUCAACAUCAGGAGCAAAACUGAAGACACCGACUCCACAGCAGUUACCGACAAUGACUACAUGGAAGCAUGAAAAAUCCCUUUCAGAAGAAAACAGAACAGGCCUGAAGAAAAAAAAUUCUAUA